CUAUUGGUUUGGAGGUCGUGUAUUACGAGUAGCUAACAUUUGGUAUCAGAUUAGGUCAUCCUGGAUCUGUUCUCUGCUGUGCGGUGGCGCCCCCGAUCGUGAUCGUCCGUGAUGGAUCAUACAGAUGUUGUCGUCCGCAAGCUGCUCGAUGCAAUGGCACUGAUGGAGAAGCGCUUGACAGCUGCGUUGGCUGGCAGUCAUGGUGAGCAAACUGCUCGCGGAUGCACUGCCUUCUUCGACGACGGUCGCAUCGAUGAACUCGAUGUGUGGGACGAGGACGCCACGAGCGUCGACGCAGAUGACUCUGUCUCCGCCUCCAUGGUAGAUCGGGAACUGCGCUUCGACGAGUUCACCUUCAACGACAAAUCUGCGCAGUAUCACCUCUCGUCCACCCACGAGGCCCUCUUCUCCGACGGCGCCAACCCCUUCUUCGACGAGGCGUGCUAUGCACUCACAGUGUUCGAUCAAAUGCCCAGCCCAUGCUUCGAUGGAGAGCCUAUUUUCGACGAGGUGCCCAACGACUCCAUCACCGAGUACGAAUUGUCGUUCAUGGAGGUUCCCCACUUCGCGUUACGCUGCGAGAAGAUUCAGCAGCACGUCGACGUUGCUGCUCUCCGGGGCGAGGAGCACCUAGUCUCCCUCGAGACAAUGAAGUCGAAGGUCGAGGCGGGGAACACCAUGGCGGCGAUGGCCGCGGCCGCCUCGCCACUCCCGUCCCUACUCGCUGUGGGGAAUCUGACGCCGUCCUCCAUCGCGCAACCGCAUCCGCAAGCUGGGGCGGUGGGGUCGUCCGAGUCGGAGCUUGCGGCGCCUUCCUCCGUCCACGACGACUCUGUCGCGCUGAUCGCCGUCUCCGGCAGAUGCGACUACGCACGCGCCAACGAGAUGACCAGCGCCCAGAUCGACGCCAUGGCACAGGACGAGACAGACGAGAUUGCCAACACCGUGGAGCAGCUGACGGGCCUGGGCGUGGAGAAGGUGGUGGCAACUGCGCUACCCCCGAUUGGCUGCACGCCAUGGCUAUCGAGGUCCAACAACUACGGCUCCUGCAGCACCCUCGACACCCUGUUUCAGGUGGUUGCCGUGUACAAAUUUAGGGACCCAAAGACCUCCGACCAGGAGAUGCUCGAGAGCAUCUGCGGCGUGCUCAUGCCCUUGAAGCUCCAAGCUAAGGUAUCCAGGCCCAUGGACAUCAUCAUCAAUUCACUCUACAACAACAAGGAUAUCUUCGUGUGGGAGUCCAUAUCUAAUGUUUCUGAUGCGUUGGAGAGGAUUAGGAUCCUUUCCCUUACUGAUAAGGAGGUUCUGGUUGAAGGGGACACUGAGAAACUUGAGAUUCAGUUGGACAAAGAGAAGAAGAUGCUCUCCAUGCAGGAUAAGAGUAUUGGUAUGACCAUAAUUGCUAAUGGCGUUCAAGUCAGACCUCUGCCAUGGCCAUCUUUCUACUAUUAUGCAGCUUGGGUGAGGUGGAUGAAAUCACUGGUCAUGGCGCUCUGCUGGGACUUGUUUGGCGCCGGAACAGAGACCACAUUGGUCACAACUGAAUGGGCCCCGUCGCUUCUGCUGAACCACCCGGAGGCCCUGAAGAAGGCACAGGCAGAGCUCGACGCGUUGGUGGGCAGCUCACAUCUGAUCACCACCGAUGACAUGUGCUACCUCGGCUACCUGCACUGCAUCAUCAACGAGACCCUGCACAUGUACUCGGCCGCCAUGCUGCUCCUGCCGCACGAGUCGAUGGUGGACUGCAAGGUCGACGGCUACGACGGUACCCUCUCCAAGGACGAUGGCCUGGUCGAUGGACUCAGAAAAUGUGAGCAAUGGAAGUGGCAGGACAUAUUUGCAUCGAAAGAAACAAAAACAAGUUCAUGGUUCCACGAAUUCAUUGGGCGAGCAAAGAAACCAGAAAUGGGAUGCCCUCCAUUUGGCUGUGGUUGUGGUUGGGAUGUCGUGCCGUACAAGCAACCAUGGCCACCACCCAUGCAAUUUAUGCUACUUGGUGAUGGUGUUCAAGUUAGACCUAUGGCGUGGCCAUCUUUUUACUGUUAUGCAACCUUGGUGCGAUGGAUUAAAUCACUGGUCGUGGCCAACAUUCUGACAAAGCAUCCUUGGUUGGCAAUUGAUCGAGGCAGCCUGUUCAAAGUGGAUUGCAGCUACAGUACCACAGGUGCUUCGUUACAGUAUGCAUUGCAACUUUUCUUGUUGCUAGGAAUAUUCAGAGCCAAUGCUUGGAAUUGCACAUGUCCACUUGUUACCACAUUAAAGGACCAUAAUGCCUCUGCAAUGCCUUUGACGCUGUUGAUAUGACGUUGUCGCGAAGUCCAAGUUACUGCUACUCAGGGGUUCGGAUCAAGGGUUCCCAUUCUAUCUCCAAGCUCAUGGAACGUUCGACAUUCUUGCUACAAAUCUCUGCACACUUGAAGAAGUUGAUCCACCAAUCUUGUCUAUACUAUGAGCGGCUUGGGGGCAAGCCGCAUUUGAAGCGGUGGGAAAUGUCAGCAUACUGUCAUGUGGGGUCUUUGACAGAUGGCAAUUAGGCAUAUUCAGCUAUAAAAAGGAGACAUGUUGAAGCUGUGGAGGAUCAUCAAAGAAUCAAUUUACAAACUAAAGACUACAUUUCUCUAUUACUCUCAUCUGCUUCCUCUCCUUCCCUCUCAUGUUACCGGUUCUUCUAUCUCUAAUACAUUCUGAUGUACCCUGAUUUGCCAGAAUAAUAUACAGAGUGUUCCUCUAGCUAUUGGUUUGGAGGUCGUGUAUUACGAGUAGCUAACACUUUCUCCGAUCCCCUCCUCUCCAGUUAAUCCCUCUGUCCAUUGCUAUCACAGAUCGUGCACUGCUGUAGCUAUACAUUCCACACCAUGAAACGGAGCGCAGCCAACACGAUCGUACAACUGGUGAGGCAUAUUCUUCGUUUCCCGCCGUCCAAUCCAAUCUUGCCUAAACUUUCUUCCUCGUGGAGUUUUUGCUGCUUCACGCUGGCCAAAUCUGCGCGCAAAGCCGGCGGCGGUGCUCGGUCGCGUCGGGCCGUCGGGGUCGAGGCGGCCGCGGCGAAGGUGCUGCCGCGGCUGCGGAUCCUCGCCGUCCUCGCCGUGGUAGCGUGGACCUUCUUCCUCUACUACGUGCAUUUCACCGUGAUCAGCAGCAGCACGGUGGAGGUGGGCAACGGGGACGAAGACGGCGGUGCGGCCGACCCGUGCCGGGGGCGGUACGUCUACAUGCACGACCUGCCGCCCCGUUUCAACGCCGACAUCGUCCGCGACUGCCGCAAGACCGAGGACCACUGGGGCGACAUGUGCGGCUUCGUGAGCAACGCCGGCCUCGGGCGCCCCCUCGCCGCCGACGACGACGGCGUCAUCACGGGCGAGGCCGGGUGGUACGGCACGCACCAGUUCGCGCUGGACGCCAUCUUCCACAACCGGAUGAAGCAGUACGAGUGCCUGACCAACCACUCCGCCGUGGCGUCCGCCGUGUUCGUGCCGUUCUACGCGGGCUUCGACUUCGCCCGCUACCACUGGGGCUACGACAACGCCACCCGGGACGCGGCGUCGGCGGACCUGAUGGAGUGGCUCAUGGCGCGGCCCCAGUGGCGGCGCAAGUGGGGCCACGACCACUUCCUCGUCGCCGGGAGGACGGGGUGGGACUUCCGGAGGAGCAGCAACGUGAACCCGGACUGGGGCACCGACCUGCUCGACAUGCCGGCCGGCCGGAACAUGACGGUGCUGGUGCUGGAGUCCACGCUCAAGUACACCAGCGACUUCUCCGUGCCGUACCCGACCUACUUCCACCCCAGGUCGGACGCCGACGUGCUCCGGUGGCAGGACCGGGUGCGCGGGCGGCGCCGGACGUGGCUCAUGGCGUUCGUGGGCGCGCCGCGGCCGGACGUCCCGAUGAGCAUCCGGAUCCGGGACCACGUCAUCGCGCAGUGCAGGGCGUCGAGCGCCUGCGCCAUGCUGGGGUGCGCCCGCACCCUCGGCAGCACGCAGUGCCACACCCCCGCCAGCAUCAUGCGGCUGUUCCAGAAGUCCGUCUUCUGCCUGCAGCCGCCGGGCGACUCGUGCACGCGCCGCUCGGUGUUCGACUCCAUGGUGGCGGGCUGCAUCCCGGUGUUCUUCCACACGGGGUCGGCGUACGAGCAGUACCCGUGGCAUCUCCCCCGGGACGACGGCCACCUCAGGUACUCGGUCUUCAUCCCGGACGCCGACGUGAGGCGGCGCAACGUGAGCGUCGAGGCCGUGCUCCGGGCGAUCCCUCCGCCCACGGUGGAGCGGAUGCGCCAGGAGGUGAUCAGGCUCAUCCCGACUUUGUUGUACGCCGACCCCAGGUCCAAGCUGGAGACUCUGAAGGACGCGGUCGACGUCGCUAUUGACGGGAUACUCGACACGAUGGCGGGGACCAAGGAUACUCCGAGCCUUUUCGCCGCCAUUUUCUCAAGGUUUCGGCACAAGGGAUCUUGGAAAGCAGCUCGCUAGCCCCCCGUUUCUUUGCGCCCCCCGUGCAGGAACUGUUUCGUUGCGCCCCCCGUGCAGCCCACACGCAGCUCGAAGGGGCCAUUGUGGGCGCGGAUCAGGAACGAUGAGGACGACGACAGCGGCGGGCGGGUCACCGAGGACCCUCCGGACCUUUUCGCCUCCACGGAGUCCAGAUUCAGAUUCCGGCCGGUGCAAGCCGAUCAUCCAUAGUUCUGUCAGAUCACGAAAGGGAAACUGCGAUGGCGCAACUCUCGCAUGUAUAAUUCAAACAUGUGAUUCAUACAGUAUUUGUUCCACGAGAUUUAUAUGUGUCUAGUCUAGGGUUCCGGACGGGACUGUACAGUUUGGUCUGCUGUACACAUUCUGUUCUUUAGCUGAUCAUUAUAAUACUAUGUCAUUCGUCAA